AUGGAUUUCUGUAGGAUUUCAUUGGAUUAGAUAUCAAAUGGAUUUCUUAUCUAGGUGGGCGGUUUAUAUCCUUAUCAAUUGGUUGUAAGUUUAUUGUGUGGAUGUAUUGUAGAUUGAGAAUUUAACAUAUGAAUCUAAUUGUUAAACUACAAGUUUUUAGAGCUUUGAUUUACCAGGCUACAGGGGAUGUGAACGAAGUUCCCAGCAGGCAGAGAGACAACCUGUCUCAGUUCUGGAGGCUGUGCUAGGCUAUAGAAUGCCUGGGGCUAGCAUGGCGUGUUGAAGUUAGAACAGCCUGCAGAAGGCUAUGUGUGUGUCAUGCAUGGUUACAACCCGCCAAGGGGACAGUGUGUGAAAGUGGCUCCUGCAGAUCCUCUCGGAAUGAGAACACGAGGGAACCGGUAGCUGCUGUUAUUUUUUUUUUAAUUUUUACUGCAACAUAAAGUAAUAAAAAAGAAAGAAUUUGGCGGUUGUGGUAUGGCACACACCUUUAAUCCUAGCAAAGGCAGGCAGAUCUCUGAGGCCAGCCUGGUUGGUCUACAGAGUAAGUUCCAGGGCAGGCAGAGAUAACUGUGUCUGAAAAAAAAAAUCUCAAAAAGAUGUGACUAUACCAUAAGGUCUUACAUAACUAAUAGUUUGCUAUUGACUUAUUUAUAAAAAGGUGGAAAUAUUGAAAUUAUAUUUUAGUAAGGUAAACACAUAAAAAUUUAAAAAGAAAAGAAAAGAAUGCCCAGGUGUGGAUGUCUUAAUGAUAAAGCUGGGUUGAACGAAUGGACUGCUUCAAGGCUAGUCCCUGUUGUGGUAAAAUUAAAAAAGUCCCUCAACCCUGUUCCACUCUGAGCGGGAUCCGCUUGUUCUAGGUUUCUCUGUUGCUGCUUUCACACACUGUCCCCUCAGUUGUUACCACACCUAACUCACACCAUGAUCCCAGGGCUAGCCCCAAGCAUUCUAUAGCCUAGCACGGCUUCCUGUCACAUCCCCAACUACCAGGGAAAUAAUUACUCAGAAAACUGGGACCCAAGAAACAGAUUUAUGUGUUAAAUGCUCAAUGUGCAAUACAUCCACACGAUUAACUUCCAACCAAUUGAUAAGGAUAUAAACUGCCCACCUAGAUAAGAUAUGGUUUGUUCAUCUAGACACACAAAGCCCUGUACACAUCCAUCCCUUAAGAAAAGUCAUAGCAACCUGUAAAUGUGCAGAGAGAAAUCUUAACAUCAGCCUCCAUGUUCUCUUGGCUGCUACUUCCUCCCCCCCGCCCCCGUCUCCUCUCUAAAACUUUUCUCCUGCCCAUCCUUCCUUCUCUGUACCUGCCUUCACCUGCAUAAUGACACCAACCUACAAGUCCCUGUGUGGUUACCACCUCACAUCUCUGUGUCAGGACUGGGUCUGACACUGGAAAAGAGAACAAGACCGCACUUCCUCUAUACCUCGCCAUUUCCAGUGCUAGACUUCCUGCUUCAAAGGAAACAGUGUGGGUGGAAGGGCAGGGUUCUCUUUAGUCUACUUACAGACCAAACCUAUCAAAACCUUUUAUUAAAAUUCUGAUAGAGAAAGCUGCUGAGUUGAGAUGGUGGAAUGCAGCAUCUCACAGGGGCAAGCUCUCCGCACCACACUCACCCUCUCCCAAUUUACUCAGCAGGUAAAAUUCUUCUGGCCUAUUUGCUGGUUUUAUAUAAGAUGUAUAUCAAUUUCAACCACACUUUAUUCCGCCAGUGGUGUUGGGGGAGACUCCCAGUCCUCAGGAUAGACCAGGACUCCACUCUCAGACUACAUCCUGAGUGCCUGGACUACGCACAUUCCCUUUGCAACUCACUGCUUUUUUCCCCAUGAGUCCAUGAGUAAUUGAGAAUAACCGCAGCCCUCAAGAAAUGCAUUUUUAAAAAAUUCUGUCUUUUGUGUCUGGAAAGAUGUCUUGUUGGGUCAACUCACUUUCCACCAAGCCUAUUAUAACUGAGUUUGAUCCCUAGAAUCCAAUUGUGGAAGGAGAGAAUUGACUUCUGCAAGUUGUCAUCCCACCUCCACUGAGUGCUGUGACAUUCACAUGUCAAAACACACACACACACACACACACACACACACACACACACACACACACAGUACACAUGGACACGCUCACGUACAAGUGUACACGCAUACCUUUUAUACAUACACAUAUGAACACGUUUGUGCAAGGGACAGGUAGAAGUAUCUGUGAUACCUAUACACACGAGCAAACGCAAGCACAAGGGCAGCCUCCCAAAGCCACUAAUGUUUUGUCAGUCAGUACUAAUUGUAUAACUCAUAGACUUUAAAUCGAACUCUCCAAACAGAGUAAGACACUGGGUACAAUCCCAGCAUGACACAAUGAGUUUGUGGACUGUCAGGGCUACGUGAGAUUUUCAAAUAAGCAAAAAAGAAUGAAAAACAAAGACAAUAACAACAAUGAGAGCCUUUAACCAGAUCAAAGUCUUACAUUGAGCCCUCUUCCUAAUAAAUCUCUAAGAGAGCAGAAGAAACUUCCUUUGUGGUACCUCUGUACAGAUCAGCCCUACAAAACAGAGAUGAGGUUUAUACCAUCAAUAGGUAGAAAACAAACACCUAGUUUUUCUUAAAGGAUUUUCAAUACAUUUUUACGUAUACCCCCUCAGCUGAUGAGGUCAACUCUCCAGGUUAUAACAUUCCCACUGAAUAUAACAUCCCCUUAUUCUCUUCCCUAUCCGUACCACCUAUUUAUCCAUUGGUCAAAAUGUAGGCAUCUCUAUCAAGCCAAAAGACUGGCCCUCUUCCCAGAACCUCUGUCUCCCUCCAUCCCUUAGACCGUUAUUUUCAGCUAUCAGACAACUCCAUCUGGGAUGUAUUUUAAAUGCAACAUCACUCAAAUGAGCUCAUUCCUCUGUCUUGCCUUUUCACAUUCACCAAUUCUACAAGUUUCAGGAGUUCGGUUUCCUACGACACUCAAGAAUAUAUUCUUCUCACUGUCUCUAAAUUUUCCAAAAUGGAAGGCAGUUCCCUCUUGGCUAAAUUUCAGCCUCUUACCUUCCGGCGGCUUGCUUUUCCCUAAGGCCCCCAUCUACACUUUUUCUGUCAUUCUAAAUACUUAAACACAUCAAGGCACAGUUCAAAAAGCCCAGGUUUCCCCCUGAGGCCCACAGAAGUCUUCUUUGAAUGCUAAUACUCACAUUGCCCUUCAUUAUUUAAGUCAACCUCCCUCUGAUACUGUCUUCUGAUUUGUGAAAAUGCACACUCCCAGUCUUUUCUUAAGCACCCCAAUCUUCAUUGAAUAUUCCCAGUUUAUCUAAAUUUUCUUAAUGAUGCUCUAAAAUACCUUACUGUGUACUACUAAGGGAGCGGCAGGAAACUAACAUUCACUAAGUGUUUAUGUACACUAUUUUACCCAGAGGAAAUUGAGGCAAUUUGUUCAAGAUCAGUUAAACAGGGAAAAAAAAAAAUUACAAUUCUUGCGCAUCCCAACCCUCGAGCCCAAGAUUCAAGGCGGGCUUCAGACUGCGGCACACCAUUGGCAGUACACCACGAAUACUUUAACAUCCUAAGACGCUAGCUAGCAUUAACUGUUUAACAAGUAGUUGAUCCCUUCCUGGGUCAGAUUAGAUGUUCUCAGAUGUAUCUGUCCCGUCAUCUACCAAAUGUAAUGAGGAAGCAGGCAAGGUGACUUAGAGGCUCCAGGCGAAUAUCUAUAUUCAGCAAGACAACGCAAUAUGUAAGCACAUUUCAUUUUUCCUAUCGGGCCAUCUUGACUAAUUUGGUUGUUGCAAAGUUGCGCCUCUUCACGGGAAUGAUUAGUACUGGGCUCAAUAUCUACAUUCCGGGUAUUAGAGAAUGUAAGAUACGCGUUUGCGUCGCUUUCUCUCAUAAGCUUUCCAUUUUUAGAUGAUCCUCAUGUGUGGGGAGCCAUAUCUCUGCCCUGGGAUCUUCUUUUAGAUCGGAGAUGUAUAGUUCUGCAAACCCAGGAUCCCUGCUAAAGAGCCAAAGGCGCCCUUAGCGCACAAGGCCCACUCCGUCACGUCCAGUUCCUGCUCCAUGGUUGGGAAGCGUAGCUGCGAGGCCUCUGUCCUGGGGCCUCCCGGAAGCGGCUUUCCGAGGGAGGGACGCGCGGGAAGCGUGUCCAUGAAGCCGACGCCCCCCGGGAGAGGUCCCGCCAGGCCGCGUGGCGGGCGCAAAUCCUUGUGUUAAGUCUCGGGAAUGUAGGCUGCGCCCCCAUUUCUCGCUCACGCCAGCGCGCAGCAGGGGUGGCUAUUGUUAGUGUCGUUUUGAGACCAUAGAGCAUCGGCCUUAGAGACUGCGCGGUGGCGUACGAGGGCAGAGGGCGAGCGAGACCCUGCAAGCCUGCCGUGCCCCGCCCUCCUCCAAGUAACGGCUCUGGAGGCCCCGCCCUUUCCUAUAUUAGCGCUCUGGGCCGUGCGUGGGGCGGAGCCCCGCGUGGAUCUCGCGAGAUCCGGGUUGGCGCCGUGACCUCCAUGUGGGAGCUGCAUCUCUAUAAGUAAACACUCCGCGCCGCCGAGACAUGGCUUCUUCCUAUUUGUGAGGCGCAGGCUGCGCUAGCAACUCGGGCGGGUUCCGGUUUCCUUCCACCUCGGAGAGAGUGGGCGGUCGAACGGUCUAGAGCGUCAGUCUUCGCCCGCGUUCGCCGAGCCGCCGCAGAGAACCGGAUCCUUCAGAGGAGGCGGCAGGGGCCGGGCGGGGCGCGGCGGCCCGAGCGCAGGGGUAGACAAAGGGGGUCGGUCCCCUAUCCCGGUGCCGCGAUGUGGAUCCAGGUCCGCACCAUCGACGGCUCCCAGACGCGCACCAUCGAGGACGUUUCUCGCAAAGCCACCAUCGAGGAGCUGCGCGAGAGGGUGUGGGCGCUGUUCGACGUAAGGCCCGAGUGCCAGCGCCUGUUCUACCGGGGCAAGCAGUUGGAAAAUGGAUAUACGUUAUUUGACUACGACGUUGGACUGAACGAUAUAAUUCAGCUGCUAGUUCGUCCUGACUCCAGUCUUCCUAGCACAUCUAAGCAGAAUGAUGUUCAGGUUAAACCCUCUUCUAAUAAUACGCCUAAAGUAAAGAAAACAGCAAGAGGGGGAUCUUCCAGUCAACCAUCUACAUCAGCUCGCACUUGUCUUAUUGACCCUGGCUUUGGACUAUAUAAGGUAAAUGAAUUGGUGGAUGCCAGAGAUGCCGGCCUUGGUGCUUGGUUUGAAGCACAUAUACAUAGUGUUACUAGAGCUUCUGAUGGACAUUCACGUGGCAAAACUCCACUGAAGAAUGGCAAUUCUUAUAAAAGGACUAAUGGAAAUGUAAAUCAUAAUUCCAAAGAGAACACAAAUAAAUUGGACAAUGUGCCCUCUACGUCUAAUUCAGACUCAGUUGCUGCUGAUGAAGACGUUAUUUAUCAUAUCGAGUAUGAUGAAUAUCCAGAGAGUGGUACACUAGAAAUGAAUGCUAAGGAACUUCGACCACGAGCACGGACCAUUUUAAAAUGGAACGAACUAAAUGUCGGUGAUGUGGUAAUGGUUAAUUACAAUGUAGAAAAUCCAGGCAAAAGAGGAUUUUGGUAUGAUGCCGAAAUUACCACAUUGAAGACAAUAUCCAGGACCAAAAAGGAAGUUCGUGUGAAAGUUUUCCUGGGGGGUUCUGAAGGAACAUUAAAUGACUGCCGAGUAAUGUUCGUAGACGAAAUCUUCAAGAUUGAGAAGCCUGGAGCCCAUCCUCUUUCCUUUGCAGAUGGAAAGUUUUUAAGGAAAAAUGACCCUGAAUGUGACCUGUGUGGUGGAGACCCAGAUAAGACAUGCCACAUGUGUUCUUGUCAUAAGUGUGGAGAGAAGCGGGAUCCCAACAUGCAGCUUCUGUGUGACGAGUGCAAUAUGGCCUAUCACAUUUACUGCCUGAGCCCGCCUUUGGAUAAGGUCCCGGAAGAGGAGUACUGGUAUUGUCCUUCCUGUAAAACUGACUCCAGCGAGGUGGUAAAGGCUGGGGAGAAACUCAAGCUGAGUAAGAAGAAGGCGAAGAUGCCCUCAGCCAGUACGGAGAGCCGGAGAGACUGGGGCAGGGGCAUGGCUUGUGUUGGUCGUACAAAAGAAUGUACUAUUGUCCCAUCCAAUCACUAUGGACCUAUCCCUGGUAUUCCUGUGGGGUCAACUUGGAGAUUCAGAGUUCAGGUGAGUGAAGCCGGGGUUCAUAGGCCUCAUGUUGGUGGAAUCCAUGGUCGCAGCAAUGACGGGGCUUAUUCUCUUGUGCUGGCUGGAGGAUUCGAAGACGAAGUUGACCGAGGUGAUGAGUUCACAUAUACUGGAAGCGGUGGUAAAAAUCUUGCUGGUAAUAAAAGAAUUGGUGCACCGUCGGCUGACCAGACACUGACAAACAUGAACAGCCUGUUGCCACUUCGAAGGAAAGGAAUCUUAUGGUUUAAGUGGAAUUGAAGAUAGGGUGACAUGGUUAGUGCACUCUAAGUCACAACUGAAGGCUGCGUCCCUCAGCACAUUAGCUUCUGCAUGACAAGUUUGUUUAGAGCUGACUCACUAAUGUGAAGUGGCCUUAUGUGAACGGUAAGUGAAAUAGCAGUCUCUACUCCGUGCACUUUAAAAAUUGUAUUAUAAAUUAACUUCCAAAUUAUAAAAGUACUCUUUCGAACUUAAUUGCCCCAAUACAUUACAAAAGACCAACCUCACACUGACUUAACAGAGACAUUCUUAUUACCAUAGAAUAUAAAAUUUAAUUUCCAGAUACAUUAUUUUAUAAAUUCAUACCUAUGUAAACAAUAAAGGACUUAAGCCCCAGAUAGCAAAAUGACUUUAUAACUUGUCAUAGUGAGAUCUUGUGAACUAUAUAAAAGUUAAGAUUUUAUGUCCUAUAAGGAGCAGUUUAGCAUUGAGUGAAAAUGAUUAUUUUUUCCCCACUUAGUACUAAGCACUAAAUCUUAAAUAGUCACUUUAAUUUCUUAUUACCAUGUCAAAAAAUAUAUACCAGUAUUAUUUCAAAACUUUAUUACAUACCCGGUUAUGCAGACUCUUGUUUUCAUAUCUUGUAUAUUAUUUCUGACAAUAGGAUUAUUUUACUGAACUAGCAGAGAAGACAAGUCAGAUUUCCUGGCGAUACCCCAUUCCCCGGGUAGAAGUACAGUCUCUUGCUAUCCUUGUCGUACAAAGAAGGCAGUUCUUUAAGAGAAAUGACCUUAGAACUUAGAAAUAGCCUGACCAGUUUUUGUCAGUGAAUAUGCAUCUUAAAUAGCAAUGGCUUUUUAAGUUAUCAAGUAUGAAAAUUAUAUUUUUCUGUGAUAAGACUAUUUUAGUUUACUGAAAUUUCUUUCCUAACUACGCACAUUUAGAAUAGAUAUAUUGUAUCCCUUUUACAUUUUGUGUAGUCCAAUAAGUAAUGUUACAAACUCCUUAGAAAAUAUUCGGCAACAACAAAAUGUUUGUGGUGAAAAGGAGGGUAUGAAAAUGAAGUGGACUGAAAGCCACUUAGAUUUCACUUGUCUUGUAGACCCAGCCAUCCAGUUGGUUACUCUAGGCACAGAGCUGUGUGUGUAUACCUUGCAGUUUUACACCUUAAAGAACUGUGUUAUCGGGGUUGGGGAUUUGGCUCAGUGGUAGAGCGUUUGCCUAGCAAGCACAAGGCCCUGGGUUCAGUCCCCAGCUCCGAAAAAAAAGAAAAGGAAAAAAAAAAAAAAGAACUGUGUUAUCUGAUGACCAUGAAAACCUAAGUAGAAGGCCAUCAGCUUGGUCUCACACACACUCUUUACCAUGUAGUCUGUGGUACGGUUCAUUCUUGCCUCUCUGCCAAGAGGAAGUGUGACGCCUUCUUGCUUCUGAGCAAUGUCCAUUUCUUAGCAGCUCCUCCCCUUCAGAAAGUGAAGUGGACAUGAAGGUGUCUCAGCUGUCUUUUCUGUCAGUGCCCUCAGAGGCCACUGGUGCUGGAGUGACAGAGACAGAGAGAAAAAGCUGCAUUGCCUGUCUUUUGGCUUGUUUCGUCCUUCAGACUCCUUUCAUAGUUUUCAGAAGUCUGUGACCUCACGAAGCCAAAACUUAAGUUGACAGUUCUAUUUAGUGACGGCAGUAAUCAUGAUUAAUGGUGCCCGUGAACUUGAGAGCAUGUCAUUCAGUGAUGUGAAGGUAGUAGUUAUUCCAUUCUUUAAAAACAUGGGUGAUAAAAGAUACAUAAUCCUAGUUAGAGGGCUAUAUUUUAAUGUCUAAAGACUUAUUUGAUAUGUAUGGAUGUUUUUCCUGCAUCCUUUUUCAACCAUGUGUGUGCCUUGUGCUUGAGGAAGUCAGACAAGGACAUCAGAGGGUUGUGGGCCAUGAUGGCUAUAUUUUAUCCUACCUCUUGGUGUUUUAAAAUAUUUCCCCUUUAGGUAAAAGGUAACUUUAACAAGCUGAAUUUUGUGCACAGUUAGAAAUGUUAUACCCCAUUUACUUUAAGAAGGUGAUUGUUUAAGAGAUUCCUUGUUAGGUCAGUCACAGUCUAUAAAAAAGAAAUGUACCCAAAAAGAGAUUUUAUAUCAUAUCUGACUUUAUAAAAUAGGCUAUUAAUGUGCAUAUGUAUUUGUGUGUGUGUCUCUUACUGGCCUGGAUGAAAAUCACCAAGUAGGCUAGGUUGGCUGAUGGUCAAACCCCAGGGAGCCACAUAAUUCCACGUAACAGCACUAGAAUUAUAAGCACACAUUAUUACACUAGUAAUUUUUAAAAUACAGCAUUUUUAUAAAAUCUUUGAGAAUUUUCUACAUCACACAAUGUUUAAUUGUGUUCACUCCCACUCUUCCUGUCAACUCCUCUCAGUUUCCCCAUAUCUUCUCCACUGUGUGGAGUCCACUUGUGCUGUCCCUGGAUUGUUAUAUGGACGUUCAAGGAGUCAAACUUAGGUCUUCCUGCUUAUGCGAAAGCUGUUUACCUACUGAGCCCAUUCAGUUUAACUCUCAUGUGUUAGCGAUGUUCUCUUUUACUGAGGUGAGGAAGCUAAUAGGUUUCUUAAAUAAUAUCCCAACUUGGGUAGACUGCUAUUUUUAGAACUAGAGACUCCUCAAGAGUUCUUACACCAUCUAAUAUGCUCACUGGCAUGACUACAUGCUAAGGGGUUGCUCCCGCCAGGAUGUGUUCUCCUUCCAGCAUAGCGGUCCUCCUUGGCUGUGUGUCAUCACUAAACCAUAGUGCUCUACUAAGAAAUUAAUUCCCUCAUUCUCGUGAUUUCCCUGGCAUUUUGAUUCACUUAAAUUUAUCAUUUUGUAGAGGUCUUUAAAGAAUAUUCUCAUGUCAUACUUAUUCUGAAUAUUCUUUGGACACAAGUUCUGCCGUCUGAGAUGUGGAGAGCCUAGACAAGCCAUUCGUACCUUGCUUGAUGCAUUUUUCUGGAUUU